AUGGCAAGAACAAAACAAGCUGAACCUUUGCGUCGCAACCCAUCUUCAGAAUACACAAACAAAGCAGGUGCAAAUGGGGCAAGAAGUUCAAUUCCUAGGAAUCAGGAUAAAGAAAUGAAUGGGAAUGCGUCGGCACUGAAUGGUGUGAUUAAGAGUAAUGCGCCAUUGGAAGAAAAGGUACAGAAAGAAGCUGGCGCAUUGCAGUUGAUACUUGCUGUUGCGGGAAUUUAUGGCAGUUUUCUUACCUGGGCACUCCUCCAAGAACGACUCACCACUACUGCGUACGGAUCUGAGGAGGUACCCGAGAAGUUCAAAUUUCCCGUCUUCCUGAAUACAGUACAGUCCCUAUUCGCUGCCACAGUAGGCUAUAUCUACCUGAAAUUCGACACUCCUGCCAAUAGCAAGACCCUGCCCAUUUUCCCCAGUCAACGAAUCCUCCUCCCUCUUCUCAUCGUAGCCAUUACCUCCUCACUUGCUUCUCCUUUCGGCUACGCAUCUCUCGCCCAUAUCGACUAUAUAACAUUUAUUCUCGCCAAAUCUUGCAAAUUACUACCAGUUAUGUUCCUUCACAUAACUCUUUUCCAAAAACGCUAUCCACUCUACAAAUACCUCGUCGUUCUCUCCGUGACAAUCGGUGUCGGCAUCUUUACUCUCCAUGCUGGUUCUUCAAAAUCCCACUCCAAACCCAGCAAAGCAGCACUUAACCCCGAUCGCAAUACUACCUGGGGACUUCUACUUCUGGGUGUAAAUCUUCUAUUCGAUGGUCUCACAAAUACAACUCAAGAUUGGAUAUUCCAAACCUUCCAACCUUACAAGGGACCACAAAUGAUGUGCGCGAAUAACAUUAUGAGUACUCUAAUUACCGUGUCAUAUUUGUUGUUAUCGCCAUAUCUAGUGCAUACGGGAUUGGGAGAGUAUCUAGGUAUGGAUAUGGCAAGCGGAGCGGGAGAAUUGGCUGGCGCAUUGGCUUUUAUGCAGAGACAUCCUGGGGUUUGGAGAGAUGUACUUGGAUUUGCGGCUUGUGGUGCUGUGGGACAGGUUUUUAUCUUUUACACACUUUCAACAUUCUCAUCUCUCCUCCUAGUAACCAUAACUGUCACCCGCAAGAUGCUCACUAUGAUCCUAUCAGUAGUAUGGUUCGGUCAUACAUUAGGCGGUAAACAAUGGAUGGGUGUAGGAUUGGUCUUUGGUGGAAUUGGAGCUGAGGGUGUCAUUGCGAGGAGAGAAAAGGCUGCUAAGGAAAAGAAGAAGUUAACCGAGCCGGGGAAGAAGGAAUUGUAG